CGUGGGCAAUUUUUACAAUUUAAUUUAUUGUAAACUUGUGCAACACUUUUAACAAGCUAUUCGUUUAUGUUAGUAAUGAUCAGAGAGUAGAGUACUCGUGUCGCACACACACACACUCACACACAUAUAUAUAUAUAUACAUUCGCUUUAUACACAAUACACACUCGUGGACGGAAAGAUCAUGGGGUUUAAAAAAAACAAAGAAAAGAAAAAAAGAUCCAUUCUUUUCAUAACUGCUAGCGUUGUGUGUAAUUCACACUACAUUCGCCGUACGAUAUUCUGAUAUCCAAUAUCCAAUAGAAAAUGUGGAUUUCAACUAACAAUUUUUUCGUCUCUAAAAAAUAAACUCUCCUAUUGGAUAUCCGGACAUUGUACAUCGAACCAUCGAAUGCAAUGUGAAUUCUUCACUACCGACCAACGACCAACCAUCAACCAUCUUGGCAUAAUCGUUGUGUUGCGCUGGUUGCGCUGGUUGCGCUUUGCGUUGUGUGUGGCGCUGGAUAAAAUAAACGAGAACGGGAAAUAUAUAAUCGAACGGACUUGCAUACACAAAUACACAUUUACAAUGUCUAUAUGUAACAAGUACAAUCGGAGCUUUCUCAUUUUUAUUGGCGAAAGGCAACGGAAAUAAGCGUCAAACUGUCAAACACACUGCUGGCGAUAUACACGGGUGGUGAAAUCUCAAUCAUCAAAGCUUCCGUUUGUAAAGAGGAUGGACAAUUUCGAAGGAGAAAGCAGAAGGGAGACUAGUAGGGAUGAUGGAAGGCAAGGUGUUGGACGCGGACAUCGUGUCUGGGAUGGACUCCCGCAAAACAAUACGGCACUUAGGCGACCACAUUGCGCGUCAACUGGUAAUCAGCCCAGUGCAGAACCCAUCUCACCGAUAACUGCGGAGCAUAAUCUCAAAGAAAAAAAAUUCCGGCUUGUCCCAUUGUCACCGCAAGCGGCUGAGUUUGUCCCAAGAUCCUACAAGUUACCACAAACUUCUUUAUCGCAGCCUCCAGUAUCAGAAUCAAACGCAUUCCCUACUCGUCAACUUAUCCAUCAACAUACAAAGAGUUCUAUACAAGAUAGGCUCAGACGCGCUCGUGAAACACCACCGAAUGUAUGCGUACCUUCGUCGUAUCUAAGAAAGUCUGAUGAUCUAAUGGAUGACAAUGCCCUUGAAGAAGCUUUGCAACUACAGUGCAACAUAGAAGAUUCAGACAUGGGAAAUUACGAUAAAUAUACAGAUGAUCAAUGCACGUUGAAUGAGAAUAAGAAAAAGGAAGAGGAACAAAAUAAAGAGGAAGAAGCUUACAAUUUUCAAAUUUGUCAACGUCUGAAUGAUAUUAUCAAUAUUUUAAUUGUAAAUCCUGCAGAGUUCACCAACUUAAUUCCACCAUUUGUCAACAAACUUAGGUGGGACCGCAUGCGAUGCCUACAAGCGAUUGUAACGACUAUAAUUGAAUCGUCUAUAGCUGAAAGCAAUUUUCGAUAUAGUGGAGCCCGAUUCUGUAAAUAUCUCGAUAAUACUUUAGAAGACUGCAAAGAACUAUUUAUGUUCUCCAAAGAACUAUUCAGGGAUUUAUUAUAUUUCCAAUGUAGAUUGGAGACUCGAUUCGAAGAAGCCGAGUGGCAAAAGCAAAGCGAAGAAGAACGCGAUCAAAAAAAGUGCAAUGGAUUGAUAUUGUUUUUAGCAGAGUUGGUUGCCCAAAUGGAUGAAUCUUACGCUUUUACUUUAGGAGAACUCUUGGUAUGGUUUAUUACUAAGGUACUGCAGAGACCAGCAUCAAAUUCUGUCAAGUACAUAUGCCAAGCGCUUAAAUUGGCAGGUCAAAAAUUGGAAAAGGAUAAGAGUAUGAGUAAAGAUAUGGAAAAUAUGAUGCGGGCGCUGACAGAACUGGUAAAUAAUGGGCAAGUUGAUACACAUGUGGGAAAUAUGGUAAACAGCGUUCACGAAUUACGAAAGGAUUGGGGAAGAAGAGUAUCUAAUUGUGAUUUAUCUGGGACAAGCAACGCAUUGUCAAAUAAAGUACAUCAGCAAUCGGACCAACUAGGUGCAUCUAAUUAUAAUUCAUCUGGAACUAAUACUGCACCAUUAAGAGAAAUACAGCUGGAUCAACCAGUAAUGUAUGGUCCUGAUGGCGAAAUUCUAUCUGCAGAGGAAAGUAAAUUUCUCCAAGACAACGUCAAAUUGGAUUUCGAUCAGCAGCCAUCUGACGAAGAAUACGAGGAUGAUAAUUAUGAUGACGAAAUUGCGACCGCUUACGAAGAGUUUUUGAAAGAUAAAUCGAAAUAAAGUGCAAGAUAAAAUUGAUGUAAUCUCGGAGAUUAUAUUAUGACUUGGAUAUUUCGCUAUAGAUAUAUAAAUACUUGUUUAAAAAUAUUGCGAUUAAAAGAGAGAAAUUGGAUUCUACUACAAUGUGAACAUUAAAAAAGCCAAAUACAAAAAUAUCUGCAUUUUAAAGGUAGGAGCAGAGCAUUGCAUAUACACAAUCAUACAAAACACACCGAUCCAUACGAAAGAUAUGCGCUAAACGCGGAAUAAUUUUCAAUUCACAUUUAACACGUUUCAUCAUGUGUACAGAUAUGAUAGUAAUGUUCGCAUAGUGACAUACAUAUUUGCAUAUAUGUAGCAUACAGAGUAUAAUAAAAUAAAACAUCCGAAUAAA